UUUAGAAAUCAUGAUACCAGAGAGAAAAAUUCGGAGAGUUUCAUUAAGCUACAGCUAAGAGUGUGUGUGUGUGAGAGAGAGAGAUGGUUUCCGCGGCGGAGGAGGAGGAUCCUGAAGGAGGAAUAGAGCGAAGAGACGGCCAUGGCGGCGAGACUACCCCCGACGUACGAUGGACAUCGUGGGUCAUCCCGAUGGUGGUGAUUGCGAACGUCGUCGUUUUCAUUUAUGUGACGUACGUCAACGAUUGCCCUCGCAGGAGCGAUCGAUGUCUCGGAAAAUUCCUCGGACGUUUCUCCUUUGAGUCUUUCAAGACCAAUCCUCUUCUCGGUCCUUCUUCCUCUACUCGGUUCUUGAGGAAUGCAUUAGCUUUGGUUCUGAAUCCAUUUGAUGAAUCUUGCAGAUUGGAGAAGAUGGGAGCUUUGGCAUGGGGGAAAAUAGUUCACAAGCGUCAAGGUUGGAGACUCUUGACAUGUAUGUGGCUACACGCUGGUGUUAUCCAUUUGCUAGCGAACAUGUUUUGUGUCGCCUUCAUCGGAGUUCGUCUCGAGCAGCAGUUUGGUUUUGUUCGAGUCGGGACAAUCUACCUUGUAUCAGGUUUCUGCGGGAGCAUACUAUCUUGUCUGUUUGUUCAGAAUGCCAUAUCCGUUGGUGCCUCAAGCGCCUUGUUUGGCCUCUUAGGAGCAAUGUUAUCGGAACUUCUUAUCAAUUGGACUACUUAUGACAACAAGGGUGUGGCUUUGGUAAUGCUAUUGGUGAUUGUUGGUGUUAACUUAGCAUUAGGGACACUUCCUCCUGUUGAUAACUUUGCUCAUAUUGGAGGUUUUAUUGGUGGGUUUCUGCUCGGUUUUCUUCUUCUGAUUCAUCCACAGUUCGAAUGGGAUGAAAACCGGGUUUCUACUCUUGUACCUGGUUCAAUUGUUAAACCGAAGUACAACAUUUGCCAACUCGUGCUUUGUAUAGCUGCAGCCACUGUAUUUGUUGCCGGGUUUGUUUCUGGAUUGGUGAUACUAUUCAGAGGAGAUAACUUGAACAGAUAUUGUAAGUGGUGCCAUAAACUUAGCUACUCUGUUAAAUCCCAAUGGACAUGACAUUUCUUUUUCUCUUAGUGUUAGAUUAUUUUCUUUUCUUUUUUUUGUAAAUUACACCAAUACUUUCUAUUUGUAGCUCUGGUUUUCUAUUCAAGAAAUAUUUUGAAGGAAAACAAUAUAUAUGC